CUGUCAGCGUCACAAUUCCCACAAUAUUGCGUCCAAGCAUUUCGACAAUGCUGAACAGAACAACCCAAUCCAAACCACAAUGAUCUACAUGCUGGCACUUGUUGCCAUACCAACGGUUGUCAUGGCAGCAGAUUACUGCAUGUUUCUCGGGAAGCAGUACGCAAUAGACGAGCAGUUCCAUCCGUCUCCGUGCCAGGUGUGUCUGUGCGUGGCGCCGUCUGUGGCCUGCACAACCUUUGAUUGUCCACCCGUCAUGUGUGUGGACAGUGUCCAGAAGAAGGGGGAAUGUUGUCGCACGUGUCCCAAUGGUCACAACUGCCAACAUGGCGGCCACGUCAUCAAGCACGGCGAGGUGUACAGGCUAGGAAACGGAACUCAGUGUCAGUGCAACAUCAACCCGUACCAGCACAGCCCUAAUGCCCAGGGCACCUUUACUGAUGCUCUGUGCGAUUAACAUUUAACCCUGAUAAUAUGAUGAUGAUAAUAAUAACAAAUAGCUGUCAUU